GUUGUCUAGAACUAACUAUAGUAAUAUUUAUUUAUAUGUAAAAGCUCAUAUGGCCUUUCAAGACUAGCCAUUUUGUUAUCUUGAAAACCUCUUAAUCAGUCGGUGAAUCCAAAGAUCACCGAUCGGAGACUCUCCUCUCAUCUAUCAGGUGGUUAUCAUCGUCGCUUAAAGUUCAGACCUUUUACCUCGCCGCAAGGAAAGAUGCUGCUCGCUUGACGACGAACCUCCACCGAUCUUUACCCUUUUUUCGCUCAACAUCUAUAGAUAUAGAGUGAAAGAGAAAGAAUGUCGACACCAGCGAGGAAGAGGUUGAUGAGGGACUUCAAGAGGUUGCAGCAAGACCCACCUGCUGGAAUCAGCGGUGCUCCUCAAGACAACAGCAUCAUGCUCUGGAAUGCUGUUAUUUUCGGGCCUGAUGAUACCCCCUGGGAUGGAGGUACUUUCAAACUCUCACUGCAGUUUUCAGAAGAUUAUCCAAACAAACCACCUACUGUUCGGUUUGUUUCACGGAUGUUCCAUCCUAACAUAUAUGCUGAUGGGAGUAUAUGCUUGGACAUUCUCCAAAACCAGUGGAGUCCUAUAUAUGAUGUCGCUGCUAUACUUACCUCCAUCCAGUCAUUGCUCUGUGAUCCUAAUCCGAAUUCUCCUGCCAACUCGGAAGCUGCGCGAAUGUUCAGCGAAAGCAAACGAGAGUACAACAGAAGAGUCCGCGAGGUUGUGGAACAAAGCUGGACUGCUGACUAACUAAAUAGUCUUUUCUUUGUAGCAUUUUUGUCUUCAAAAAAAAAACAAUUGAACCUCUUCUCUUGUGUUUGAUUCCACCAACACCGUCUCCCUCUCCCCUUUUUAUGUUUAUGUCUUUGUGUGUGUGUGUGUUUCAGACUCUGUGAUUUGUUUGUUCCUUACAAUGUUUCUAUGUGUUUACAUGUAGUAUCUUAACCAAAUUCGUCU